AUGAACUUCUGUCGACAGAAGUUGCAUAGCUUGUGUCAGCGGGUGGGGCGGGCUUUGACACAGACACCCCCAGCAUUAGCUGUUGGCCAUGAGCACAGCUGCUCAAAUAACCCCAGAACCUUCUCCCCUGUCUCGGGGUUUGGCGUGACUGCCCUACCACAUCGGGUGGCCUCCCUGGAGGCCUCCCACCGGGGGCCCCAGUCCUACCACAACACUGUCACAGCAGCGGUUGGAGACUCGUCCCACGCCCAGAUGCUGCCUGCUAAGUGUCAGGAGGCUGAGACCUGUGGCCCCACCAUGGACCCAGAGGGCAGCAGCUUCCUGAAGGAAGCCAUCAGGUACCUGCUGUGCACGCUGAGCAGGGAGGACCUGCGGCUCCUGCUGACGGAAGCUCAGGCCUGGGCGGCGUUUGUGGCUGAGGCCCACUUGUCCAGGGAGGAGGCAGAAGCGCUGUGUGCAAGACUGAGUGAGCUGAGAACAAGCAAGGCCCCAGGUGACGACAGGCACCAACAAGAGCAGGAGUGUAGAGCCUUGUUUGCGAGCACGUUUCCUCAGUUGAAGGACCAGCUAGAGCCACUUACAAAGCUCAUAGGUCAGCUCCGUGGACUAGCAGGCAGGGCUGACAAGGUGCACAGAUACUGUGCCAUCACCAAUGUGGUGGCCAGAUGCACUAGCGGGGUGUCUGGUGCCAUGACCAUAGCUGGGCUGAUUCUUGCAUCCUUCACAGCAGGGGUCAGUGUGGCACUAACAGGCACUGGGCUGGGGCUGGGAUUCUUAUCCGCUGGCAUCUUUGUGAUCACCAGCGUCGUGGAACACGAAAUCAUGUCCUCUAUAGAAGCUGAAGCCAAUAGGCUGGAGUCAGGUGGUUCCAGCAUCAAGAAGAAGCUCGAAGAAGACCAGGCACUUCCGCGAAGGUCCUCAGGGGAACCUGAUAUUGAUGUCUUCAGAGGUUGCAGGGUCAUUUGCGCCCUCAGGGUGGGGAACAACAGCCUUGGCGUCACAGACAAAGCCAUUGGCCGCAUCGGCAUGCUGGCGCAGAUAUUUCUUGGAAUCAAAAGUAAGGUGAUGGGAAUAGGAGCCCUGGCCCUGGGUGUUAUCUUCACAGUUGGCUUCCUGGUGCUGGACAUGUACAACAUUAAGCAAGACUCAGAAGAGCUGGUACAAGGGGCAAAGUCAGAGUCUGGUGAGAAGCUGAGGCAGAAGGCCCAGUAUCUGCAUAAGGUGCUGGAGGAGCUCAAACCCAGGUUUCUCUCCAAGGACUCGCGACCCCUGAGCCGGGAGCAGCAGAAAGCACCUGGAGGCCCGCUGCGGUCCCUGCGCGGCCCCCCGCGGCCAUGGGACCCUGGGCCCGUCUCCUCCAGGGACAUUGGCCCGGAGGAGCCAGAUUCGCUGCGUGCAAAACUCAGUGAGCGGAAGACAAUCCGGGGCCCCGGCGACAACAUGUCCGACCGAGAGCAGAAGUGCAGAGCAGUGUUAUUGAAGAUGUUUCCUCCAUUGAAGGAUGAGAUUGAGAAGCUCAUAGGUCAGAUCCACUGGCUCGCUGACUGGGCCAACAAGGUGCACAGAGACUGUGCCAUCGCCAAGGUGGCAGCCAGCACCUCGGGCGUCGUGUCUGGUGUCACGACCAUAGUUGGCUGUGCUCUUGCCCCCUUCACAGCAGGGGCCAGUCUGGCCGUGACGGCCACUGGGCUGGGGCUGGGAGUAUUAUCCGCUGGCACCUCUGUGACCACCAGCCUCGUGGAACAAAAAAACCUGUCAUCUAUCCAAGAUGAAAUCCGUAACUUGGAGUCAAGUGUUUCCAGCAUCAAGAGCAGGAUCAAAUGUUUCUUUGCAGCCUUACAAGAGAUUUCAGAAAAUUCUGAACGGGAGGAACUAGCCACGUUUGAGGAAUAUGUCAAGCGUCUUCGAGAGUUGGGCUUAAUAGACAAAUGCUUUGGUGCUUUUGGCCAAGGCUUCGCUCGGGCUGCCGGCUUGGCACAACUACUGUUUGGAGCCACUGCUAAGGAGAUGGGAAAAGCAGUCCCGGUCCUGGGUGGAAUCUUCUCAGCCGGCUUCAUCGGGGUAGACGUGGUCAACCUUGUCCGAGACUCAAAGGAGCUGCAUCAAGGGACAAAGUCAGAGUUGGGGGAAAAGCUGAGGGAGCAUGCCCAGAACCUGGAGAAGCUGCUGGAGGAGCUCAACAGCUUCUACAAGAGUCUGCAAAGGAAGACGGGGGCGCACCCACAGGCGGGACAGCCUCUCCCGGGGCCCCAGUCUGUCCCUGCAGUUCUCUCCAAGGACUCGCGACCCCUGAGCCGGAAGCAGCAGAAAGACAACGAUUACUUUCUGGAGAAUUCCAUUGUUUAUAUCCUGGACACACUGAGCAAUGAGGACCUACACAAGCUGUUGAGUGAUGCUCAAGUCUGGGAGGAAUUUGUGGCUGAGGCUGUUUUGUCCAGGGAUGAAGCAGAUGUGAUAUAUGACGUUCUGAGUGCUCUUACAGACACAGACAUGGAAGAUAAAAAUGAGCAGGAGUUUAGGAAGCACUUUCUGAAAACAUACCCUCAGAUGAGACAACAGCUUGAAGAGUACAUAGCACAGCUCUAUGAAUUGGCAGCCAGGGCCGACAAGGUGCACAGAGACUGCAUCAUCGCCAACGUGGUAGCCAACUCUACAACCAUUGUGUCUGGCAUCCUCACCAUCGUUGGCUUGAGUCUGGCACCAGUGACAGCAGGGGCCAGUCUGGCACUGACAGCAACCGGAGUGGGACUGGGGACAGCAGCUACUGUGACCACGGUGUCCACCAGCAUCGUGGAACAGGUGAACAAGUCAUCUGUAGAAGCUAAAGCUAAUACCCUGUCAGCUGAAGUCAAAGUAGAGGACCUAAUCAAGGAUGUUCUAUGUGACAACACAUUCAAGAUAGUUUCCACAGGAAAGGAUCUUUGCGAAGGCGUGGGCAGCAUUAUGAAGAACGCCCGCGCCAUCAGGUUGGUCCAAGCUAAGCCUCAUCUAGCCCGUGCCUCAUGCCUCACGUCUGGUGGGAAAAUUUCAGCCCAAAGUGCCAAGCAAGUUGAGAAGGCCUUUGAAGGCACUGCUUUGGCGAUGAACAGAGGAGCCCGGAUCUUGGGUACAGUCACCACAGGUGUCAAUGUUCUGAUAGCUGUGGCCAGGCUAGUGCAAAACUCAAAGGACUUGCAUGAAGGGGCAAAGACAGAGUCAGCAGAAAACCUGAGGCAGAAGGCCCAAGAGCUGCAGGAGAAGUUGGAAGAGCUGAACCAGGUCUACGAGAACCUGCUGUAGUGUCUGAUUCUAG